GAUGGACAGUGAAGGGAAGAAACCAAAGAAGCACCAGCAGAAGCACAGCGGCCCAAAGGCAGACAGGAAGAAGCUGAAGAAGCAGGGCGCUCCACAAGAGGAAGAUGAAAGAAAACGCAACCCUAAAGCAUUCGCAGUUCAGUCUGCUGUGCGUAUGGCCAAGACGUUCCACAGGCAAGAAGCGGCGGCUGACUUUCAUGGAGUGUAACAACGACAUCAACACAAUGGUUGAUCUGGCCAAGGUUGCUGACCUUGUGUUAAUGUUAAUUGAUGCCAGCUUUGGCUUUGAGAUGGAGACGUUUGAGUUCCUCAACAUUUGUCAGGUGCAUGGUUUCCCUCGAAUCAUGGGUGUACUGACUCACUUGGAUUCAUUCAAGAACAACAAAACAUUGAGGAAGACUAAGAAGAAGCUCAAACACCGUUUUUGGACUGAAGUUUACCAAGGAGCGAAACUGUUCUAUCUGUCUGGAAUGGUGUAUGGAGAAUAUCAGAAUCAAGAAGUGAAGAACCUUGGGCGCUUCAUCUCUGUCAUGAAGUUUCGUCCUCUGGUGUGGCAGACCUCUCAUCCUUAUGUGCUAGUUGACCGCAUUGAGGACUUAACAGAUCCUGAGAAUAUCAGGACAAACCCCAAGUGUGACAGGACUGUGUCACUCUACGGCUACCUGAGAGGGGCUCAUUUAAAGAACAGAAGCCACGUCCAUAUUCCAGGUGUUGGAGACUUUCAAGUGGGUGAUGUGAACUUCCUGCAAGACCCAUGUGCUCUGCCAGACGCUCAGAAGAAGAGAGCCCUGAACGAAAAGGAGCGACUGCUUUAUGCACCGAUGUCUGGGGUCGGGGGGCUCGUGUACGACAAAGAUGCUGUUUAUAUCGACCUUCCUGCCAGCCACGUCAAUCAGCAGCAGGAGGAGCUGCGUCCCACCACAGAGCUGGUGCAGUCUCUCAUUGACACACACGCUACUCUUGAUGCCAAGAUGGCCGUCAGUAAGGUGUCUCUUUUCAGCGGCUCGGCCGUGUUGGACCCAACAGAUGUGACCGAGCAGAGCAGACAGCAGGAGGGAUUUGAGGAGGAAUGUGUCUGGGAUCCAAACAUGAAAAGAAAGAGAAGGAAAGUGAUCUUCACUGAGGAAGAGGAUGAUGAUGAUGAUGAUAGUGGGUCUACUGACAGCGAGGACAGUGACCAGGUUGAUGAUGAGGAGGAUGAAAAUGAUGAUUUGGUCACGUUCCUCAAAGAGGCCAGAACUGAAUGUGAAGGGAUGACAGCAGAUGGUGUGCCGCCAAAGAAGGUGCAGAAACUAGGAGAMGACCUGGCUGAGGUCCCAGCGUUUGCAGACAGCGAGGAUGAGCUGGAGAACAGUGAAGACGAGGACGAGUCCUGUGAAGCAGGUGAUUCUGGACGUUCUUCAGAAGAGGAGGAGUCUGUGGAUGAAGAGGGCAGAACAGCUGAAGAAASAGUGAAAACACAAACAGAACAGGAAACUGAGGAGGAAGAAGAACAUGGGGCUCUGAGGUGGAAGGAGGGUCUACAGCAGAAAGCAGCYGAGGCCUUCCUACGGCAGCAAGAAGCUGCUCCAAACCUGAGAAAACUGGUCUAUGGUUCAGUUAUCGAAGCAGAGGAUUCCAAGCAAGAAGAAGAGGAGGAGGAGCUGGGAGGACUGUUUAGAGUUAGCCUCUCUCAGAAAAGCAAGAAGGUUAAGGCAAACACAGCGGACUGCUCCCGUUUCACUCCUGACUCCUCCCACAACUGGGAUUUGGAAGAGAUGUUAAACUCAAUCAGGGAUUGUUUUGUGACAGGGAAGUGGGAGGAGGAACAGGAUGCUUUGACUCUGCUGAAGCAGGAUGAGGAGCUGUAUGGAGACUUUGAAGAUUUGGAAACAGGAGAAUUCCACUCAAGUAAAGCAGCAGGGCAGGAUGAAGCUGAGAAUGAAGAGAGUGACGAAGACAAAGAUGUCCCGGUGAAGAUGGAUGAUGAAGAGGUUCAGAGGAACAAGCGUCUGGAGAAGAAACGCAAGCUAAAGGAGAGGUUUAACGCAGAGUAUGAUGAUGCUGAUGCCACUUACUUUGAUGACUUGAAGGAAGAGAUGCAGAAGCAGGCUGAGUUAAACAAAGCAGAGUUUGAGGAUAUGGACGAUGAAACUAGAGUUCAGUACGAAGGCUUCCGGCCGGGAAUGUACAUCCGGAUAGAAAUCCCCUCUGUGCCUUGUGAAUUCAUUACAAACUUUGACCCACAUUAUCCCAUCAUCCUUGGAGGCCUGGGCUCCAGUGAGAGCAACAUAGGAUAUCUUCAGAUGCGACUGAAGAAACACAGGUGGUAUGACCGUAUCCUGAAGACAAGAGACCCACUCAUCUUCUCCUUGGGCUGGAGACGUUUCCAGACCAUCCCUCUCUACCACAUUGAGGAUCACAACGGUCGCCACCGCCUGCUUAAAUACACACCACAGCACAUGCACUGUGGAGCCUCCAUUUGGGGGCAUGUUUAACACAGUGCUGGAGGUGGCUAAAUUUGAAGGCGCCUCAAUCCGAACUGUGUCAGGGAUCAGAGGUCAGAUUAAGAAGGCUCUGUCAACACCGCUGGGGGCUUUUAGAGCCACGUUUGAAGACCGUCUGUUAAUGAGUGACAUUGUGUUCCUUCGCUCCUGGUAUCCAGUGUCUGUUCCUCAGCUUUACAACCCAGUCACCUCCUUGUUGCUGCCUCCCAGUCAGAAGGACAACUGGUCUGGCAUGAGAACCCUGGGCCAGCUCAAACAUGACCUGGGUAUCCGCAACAAUCCCAACCCUGACUCUCUUUACAAG